UGUGUGGUUGCAAUUGCAGGUCCUCAUACAAAAGUGGUUCGUCGCAUUUUUACCAAUAGCCGGGAGCGGUGGAGACAGCAGAACGUCAACGGAGCCUUUGCAGAGCUUCGCAAGCUCAUCCCCACCCACCCACCCGACAAAAAACUGAGCAAGAAUGAGAUUUUGCGCCUGGCUAUGAAAUACAUCAACUUCCUGGCCAAGCUGCUCAAUGACCAGGAGGAAGAAGGAAACCAAAGGGGCAAAGUGAACAAAGACUCUGGGAUAGUCCAGGAAGACCUCCUGCAGGACAUGUUGUCUCCUAACUCUAGCUGUGGAAGUUCUUUAGACGGAGCGGCAAGCCCGGACAGCUUCACGGAAGAGCACGAAACACUAGACUCGAAGCACACGCGGAGCCUGCACCACGCCAUUCUCCCAGUAGAAGGCAACGCGCAGCGGUGAUGACCUUCCGCAUCGCUCCCGAAGCACUGGGUGGGGAGGUGAGACCCGAGUGUGCGGAUGCUGGAACUUGUGCCCAUGGGAUUUGUGACUC